CUCUUCCUCCAUUAAAUACGAACCACUCGUGAGAACUUCGUCAUGUCGAAUACAGGGUCUGUUCUGCGCCCCGUCCUGUUUAUCAUCCGCUGUCUAGUAUGGAUGAGUGCAGUCAUUGUGCUAGGCCUUGCGGCGUGGGCGACUGUCCACUUUAAAAACUACCGAAUUAUAUAUCCUCUUGUGAUUGCCGUCCUUACCGUGGUAUUCUAUAUCCCAGCAAUUGUAUUCGCCUUGAUGAAGCGCAAUCAUGGACAUAUGCUUCCCCUCGAUAUAAUAUUCUCCUUCUUGUGGCUGGCUGCCUUCAUAUUCCUGGCUCAGCAUAUUAGCAGUAUUGGGUGCCACUGGUUCGCCCGGUCGUUUUCCAGCGGCUGCGCAAGGAAGAAUGCCGCGGAGGCAUUCGCCUUCUUAGCAUUCUUCUUCACUCUUGUGUGCAUGUGUCUUGAGAUUCUGAACCUAUAUGACUAUGCCAAAUCAACGGGCUCAGUCGAGCGUCACGGUGAAAAGUACCCGCCAGUUCGAAACGGCGAAGGCGCUGCCACUGCUCCUACGGCUCCUACUGCUGCCACUGCUUCAACUGCUCCUCAUGCUCCUGCUCUUCCUCCUGCUCCUCAUGCUCCUGCUAUGCCUCCUGCUCCUACUGCUCCUACUGCUCCUACUGCUCCUACUGCUCCUACUGCUCCUACUGCUCCUACUGCUCCUUAUGCUUCUUAUGCUCCUCAACCCACCCAUGGUGGCCAAAAUGUGGUUUAAAAUGUUGGUAAUCGUGGAAGUAAUACUAUUUGACUCUUAAUUGGAGCGGUUUGAAGGCGACGAAUGGACAGAUCGAUGGGAGAAGAAUUCAAAGUACAGGAGAAACUUGGGUUAUAUUUGUUUUUUUUUUUUUGUUUUUUUUUUCCAGCUUGUUCUAUACCGACAACUCUUCAUCCUGACGCAUUCUUGUGUUAUUUUUCAAGAAAUUUGAAGUUGGAACUCUUAUAUUGCUCAUGGAGUUGUGCUAAAUGCAGUCUGUGUAUAUCCAUUCCAAAUUCAGUCUUCCUCAUGUGAAUUGAGAUUAUUAAACCCGCGUCCUAAUUUACAACAUCUACUCCAAAUAACGCUGUGAAAUAGUGUCAAUGGCAC